AUGGUGCCUCUUCCGCUCUUCAAGCUUGCGACUCUCUUCAUACGACAUAUCUCUAAAUAUGGAGCUGUCUUCUCUCGCCAGAACCGGAUCAAACUACAAGCUCACGAACACCCCGGGUUCAGGAAUUUUGCGGCCAGAUAUGGACAGUCGAUACACCAGCUCAAUAUGAGAUUAAAUGUCGCGCUACUUCGGAAUGUCGAUGCAGAGAUAAAGGCCAAAGAAAAAGCAGAGACACCCACGGUCAAGACGAAAGAGCAGGUUGAGAAGGAGCUCCAGAAGGAGGAGGCAAUGAAGAACGCCAAGGAUUCACACCACGCCAAGGAUGCGCCCAGGAGUGUGUGGAAACGCAAAUUCAGGGCGCUCCCCGAAGCCAAGGCAGUGGAUCUCUUUGCAGACGUCGCCGGCGAUGCCUUCAUACUCGUUGUCGCUAUGGCGCUCAUCAUCUAUGAGUAUUACCGCUCCUCUGCCAAACCAGACGCGAACCUCGAAAGGAUAAAGGAGCUGAACCGCCAGCUCGACGAGCUCAAAGAGAGGGAGAGCGAGAUGCAAGAGGAGGAGAAGAGGAGAGAGAGCAGGAUACUGGCAAUGGAGCAGGCUUUGAGGAACUUCAAGGACCCGAAAACAAAGCAACCAUUACUCCCCAGUCCAACACCAGCGAUAGCGACUUGA